AUGAGGGUUAAACGAGGAGGAGCAUGUACUUCAACUGCUGAUUGUGUAACAGGCGAAGGGAAAGCUGGUCAGUGUGUAACCAGUGCUGACUGUGCAUCCCGUGUACCGUACUGCAGCAAGCUGGGGUACUGUCACGGCGGCAGAUUACCGUUUGACGAAGCUCAGAUUGAGAUUCCUGACGGGGAUAAAGAAGGAGAAGAACCUGCUCAAGGGUUUGUCAACAACAAUCCCAGGAAAAAUAACCCUGCUUUGAAAACCUCAUCUGGCCAAUCUAGUGGAGGAGGAGGACCUAAACCCCGACCCUCUCAGGGUCCAACCCGGACAGCCCCUAUGAGCCUUAAAACUAGCUCCGCUGCCAGCACUAAUCCACAAGGAAGCAACACAAGAACUAAACCUAAACAAUCCCCGGCAAACUCAGGAGGUAUGUUUUUACAUCUUUAAUUGUGAUAAUUUUAUAUUAACCUAUAUUUAGU